CCACGAUACAAGAGAGAGGUCCUAGAGAGAGACAGACAAGGUGGUGGAAACUUUGACAGGCCGUGUAAUUUGAGUUGUCUAUAUCAACUUAAAUCGGGGAAAUAUAAAAGUAAAAUUCUAAAUAUAAAAGUAACAUAAAAACAUAAUCAAGGACUACUUCUUCACUUUAUAUAAAACAGUCACUAAUUUAGUAUUUAAAUAGUUUUAAAAUUAUUUAACUCCCAAAUACUUUAGGAAAGUAGGUAUUUGUUUUGAUAAAUACAAAUAACAAUUCUGAAAAGUAUUUAAACACCAAGUAUGGCACUGUGUACUCUAUUUAUCCCCUAAAUACAAAAAAGUGGUUAAAUUUUGAAAUAUGUACUGCCAAUCAGCAUUAGGCCUUAGCCAAGUUAAAAUAUAAGUUAAAAUAUUCAACGAACUGUAAAUACUGAUUCAAUCGGGUCCAUUUAUAUAGGCAACUCAAAUUACACGGCCUGUCAAAUUCUCCAACACCUUGUCUGUCUCUCUCUAGGACCUCUCUCUUGUAUGUUGGUGUCAAUCUUGCUUCACUAUUUGAAUGGGACAUGACCAUUCCAUCCGUAUUGACAGUUCAUUGGUGUGGACACAUUGUGUGGAUGUGAAUGCCCUGGUGUAAAAUUAUCAUUAGAAUAGAAUACAUAAAAUCAAGUUUACAUAAAAUGGAAGUGAAACAAGAAUUUAUUGAGGAAACAUGCAAAAUAGAAAUAGAGUAUAACGACUUGGAUGAUGCUCUUCUAGAUGGCUUUAAAUGUGAAAUCAAAGAGGAAUCCAAUAGCCAAAGUACCCAUGGCACAUAUGAUUCUUUUGACUUAAAGAAAUGUCCCAUAAAAACUGAAAUAGAACAACAUGGAAAUGCCCUCAAUCCAUUUGAAGAAAACCAAGGAACUGAAAAAGGUUGUCUCCAAGAGAACAAGAUGGAAAUGAUGGAGACACUAACUGAACAUUCAUCUCAGGAAGAAAAUUAUAUGAAUCCACGUGCAGAAGGAAAAACAUUAAAUAAAAAUGUAAAAGUUGUAACUGGGAAAAAACAUUACAAGUGUGAAAUUUGUUUUAAGCGGUUUAGUCUAGCAGGUACUUUAAAAAGACAUUUGAGAGUACAUACUGGAGAAAAAGGUUAUAAGUGUGAAAUUUGUUUUAAACAAUUUAGUGAAGCAGGUAAUUUGAAAGUACAUUUGAGACUGCACACUGGAGAACAACCUCACAAGUGUGAAAUUUGUUUUAAGCAGUUUUUUACAGCAGGUGCUUUGAAAGUACAUUUGAGACUGCACACUGGAGAAAACCCUCCCAAGUGUGAAAUCUGUUUUAAGCAGUUUAGUCAAGCAGGUCAUUUGAAAGUACAUUAUUUGAGAGUGCAUACGGGAGAAAGACCUCACAAAUGUGAAAUUUGUUUUAAGUCGUUUAUUACAGCAAGUGAGUUGAAAAUACAUUUGAGAGUGCACACUGGAGAAAAACCUCACAAGUGUGAUAUUUGUUUUCAGCAGUUUAGUCGAGCAGGUACUUUAAAGAUGCAUUUGAGAGUGCAUACUGGAGAAAGACCUUACAAGUGUAAACAUUGUUUUAAGAAUUUUGUUAGAGCAAGUUAUCUGAAAAUACAUUUGAGAGUCCACACUGGGGAAAAGCCUCACAACUGUGAAAUUUGUUCUAAACAGUUUAAUGAAGCAGGUACUUUAAAAAGACAUUUAAGAGUGCAUACUGGAGAAAAGCCUCACAAGUGUGAAAUUUGUUUUAAGCAGUUUAUUACAGCAGGUUCUUUGAAAGUACAUUUGACAGUACACACUGGAGAAAAACUUCACAAGUGUGAAAUUUGUUUUCAGCAGUUUAGUCGAGUAGAUUAUUUGAAAAAUCAUUUGAGAGUGCACACUGGAGAAAAACCUCACAAGUGUGAGAUUUGUUUAAAACAGUUUGCUCGAAAAACUAAUUUAACUAUUCACAUGAAAGUUCAUACUGGAGAAAAACCUCACAAGUGUGAAAUUUGCUUUAAACAAUUUAGUCAAGCAGGUACUUUAAAAAGACAUUUUUUGAGAGUUCACGCUGGGGAAAAAGCCUCUCAAGUGUGAAAUUUGUUUUAAGCAAUUUAGUCUAAAGUAUAAUUCAAUAAGCGAUGCAGAGCAUAUAAACAACGAUAAAUUUAACAGAUAAUUGAAUACCUUGGGACCAGAAGGGGGCAUGCCACCAAACAAUAUUUUGGAGAAAACAUCAUUUUAAACUUAUUUUCAAAUCCUGAAAUCCAAUUUUUAAAAUUUUCUUGGUAGUAAUGCCCAUAAUCGUUUGGGGGUCCGGACAAAUAAUCCCCGGACAAAUAAUCCCGGACAAAAAAUCCCCACAAAUUAUCCCCGGACAAGAAAUCCCCGGACAAAAAAUCCCCACAAAUAAUCCCCACAAAUAAUCCCCGGACAAAUAAUCCCCGGACAAAAAAUCCCCACAAAAAAUCCCGGACAAAAAAUCCCCACAAAAAAUCCCGGACAAAAAAUCCCCACAAAUUUUUUUGGACAAAAUAUCCCCACAAAAAAUCCCGGACAGAAAAUCUCCGGAUAGAAAGAUGCAGUCUGGCGGCCUAGAAAAAGGUGGAAAGAUGCAGUCUGGCGGCCUAGAAAAAGGUUGAAAAGUUAUAACGCCAUUGAUGAUGAUAAUGACUAAAUAUUUUUGACGUUAAACUUACAAAAAGGAACAGAAUUUUUUGCAUUACAAUCAAGAUUACCGUUUUCUGGACCAGCAGUUAUCAUCACUAAUAGACAAUAAGUACAACAUAAUUCCCAAAGCCUUAGCUUAUUCCCCAUAUCUUCCAAGAUAUUUGAAAAAACUCACGAUUGGAAUUCGACAUUUGGUAAUCGAAAUUACAAUGUAUGCUUAAUUUUAAUCGCUAAUCAUUAUUUUCGUGCAGAAAACUGGUUUCAUGGCGAUUGCUAUAACUCUCAUGCACUGAAGCUGAAAAACAUUUGCGUCGAUUGCAUUCACGGGAAAACUUUUAGAGAACUAUUUGGUAGCAAAAAAAUUUCUUGGGGAUUUUUUGUCCGGGAUUAUUUGUGGGGAUAUUUUGUCCAAAAAAAUUUGUGGGGAUUUUUUGUCCGGGAUUUUUUAUGGGGAUUUUUUGUCCGGGGAUUAUUUGUGGGGAUUUUUUGUCCGGGGAUAAUUUGUGGGGAUUUUUUGUCCGGGAUUAUUUGUCCUGGGAUUAUUUGUCCUAGCUUCAAUCGUUUGGAAAUAUGAUAUUAAAUACACAAUAAAAGUAACACAAGUGUUUAUUUAACGGUUUUUGAACCUUUUUUGAAAAAAUAUGAGGCUUAUCCCCUUUUGUAUAAAAAAUUAUAUUCUAAAAUAUGAACAUAAAAUGCAACAAUAAAAUAAUUCAGUUGUCAAUAUUUUCAAUAUCUGAAAAGUCGUCCGAAUGUUCAAUGUCUUCCAGUGGUUCAUUAUUCUCAGUAUCUAGUAGAAUAUGUUGGCAAGCACCAAUUUCUACCUACACUGUUUUUUGCAACCGCAAGGUGCACCUAAUUUUUUGGUUUUAUUUUCUUCCCUUUUGUAUUUAUAUACAUAUUCGUAAACUAGAUUUUUUUUGUCUUGCGCCUAAUUUUUUAUGUCGCUGGGUAUUCUUGUGUCUCCAUCUAGAAGGCGCCUUCUUUUCUGAGAAGUUUGAGGGGUAUAAACCUAUUCAUUUUCCUACAAUGAAGUAGGUAUUUUACUAAAAAGGUAUAAGCCACAAAAAAACUUUAGAACAAUCCUAAUAUUUUUAGGUUCGAAAAAUAUAACAAUGGGACAAGUCACACAGUAAAUAAACUUACUGUUCCUGAGUUUAUAUUUUCCUAAUCGCUGCUACUUCCGGAUACUGUAUAGUCUUUGUCAUCUUCGCUUUUAUUUAAAAACGGAUCUUGGUCACUGUGUUCAGAAUCAAACUCAGAAAAGUAUAUUUGCCUUUUACAUGCACGGGAAUGUUCCGCCGCCAUGUUGAUUACUACUGUGGCUUGUUUCCUUCUGUUGCAAUAUAAAGUAAUGGUGACACAACGGGACUUAACUACAGCGGCGCCAUCUAUGAGAAAACUGCUGAAAUUUUCUGUUUGAGACAUUAAUAUGGUUUUAAAGUGUGUGAUUUCUACUCUAACUCAUUUUUGACGAAAUUGUGGCUUGUCCCCUUCUGGUUCCAAGGUCUUCAAUUGUUAAAGAUGUUCCAAAUGAGUCUACUCCUUCCGAUAAGUAACAGUAUAAUUAUGACACUUUAUUAAUUUUUUCUUUUCUCAACUAUUAGUGUUUAUUGCAUAGUAAAUAAGUUAUUGUUAUCACUGAAUAAAUAGUAAGUGAAAAAAUGAACCGCUUUAUAAAAUUAAUGAAUAUUUUAUGCAUACAUGCAGGUAACAGUUCUUGUUACUCGUGGUGGAAAACAGGUUCGGACAAGAUUUAAGUAGGUAUAUUUCGGUAUUAAAAUUUUGUAAUUUGAAUCGAUUUGUUAGUAAAUUUUUAGUCGUCUUGAUGGUUAAAGGACAAUAAAUUAUAUUUAUGCUGUUAAUGUUGAAUAAGCAAUUAUUUGUUGUGCGAUUUCAAACUAUUUCAGUAUAUAUUUUUAUUUGUGUAACGACCCUAUCUAUACGUAAUUGUGAUUACUCUGUAACAGUAACCACGUAUUAUUUCAAUAAUAGAUAUUGAAACCAAAAAUGUCGUCCACUGAUUCUGCUGAUGAAUUGGUUGAAAUACAUGGAGUCCUCCUCGAUAACGCAGUAAAAGAAGCCCUCGUAGCGUUGACGUUUAAGAAAUAAUUUUAAAUGU